AUGGUAAAAUUCAUAACCAUCCUGGUCCCUCACUUAACAUCCCGUCUAAUUGCUCCGUUAAAACACCCCACGUGCAAGGCACGCAGGGAAAACCCAGAAAAAUUUCAACAUUCCGAUAAGAAAACCCUAAUCGUGAUAUCUUCUCCUCUAAAACGCAAUGGUGCUGUGGCGUAUACGUGCAAAUAUGGAGGAAAUCGAUGUUGGACGUCGUUACUGUUAUACCAUGGUGGAGAGUUCACCAAAUUUCCUGGAAGAAAGUACAUCAAAGGAAAACAAACGUAUAUAGACUUACUCGACAUGGAUACUUUCUCAGUGCAUGACAUUGAUGAAAUGAUGGAACAGUUAGGUUAUGUUGAUGAAGUGAUCAGGAUGUGA